UUGCUUUUCUGAUGUCCAGAAGUUAUUUUCGGUCAUAAGAGACAGUAGCAGCAACAUUAUGUAGACAAUACUUUAAAAAGAAGUUACACAAAACAAAAAAAAGAAAUAACAAAAUAGCACAAUUGGUUGGGAGAAUGUGAAACGUCAGCCAUGUUCUUCGGCGUCAUUUUUCCAUUUUUGGGAAAGGUUGCUGGAUCGAAUCCCCGAACUGACAAGGUAAAAAUAUGUUGUUCUGCCCCUGAGCAAGGCAGUUAACCCACUGUUCCCCGGGCACCGAAGACGUUGAUGUCCAUUUAAGGCAUUCCCCCCAGCACCUCUCUGAUUGAGGUUAAAUGCAAAAGACACAUUUCAGCUGAAGAAUAGGCCUAGUCUUAGGGAUGCCGAAGAAGUUCCAGGGUGAGAACUCCAAGGCAGUCACUGCCAAGGCUCGCAAGGCAGAGGCCAAAGCAGUGGAAGACGCCCGCAAGAAGAAGGAGCUGGAGGAUGCACUAUGGCAGGAGAACGACAAACAUGUCCUGAAGAAAGAACAGAGGAAGGAUGACAAGGAGAAAAAGCGCCUUGAGGCCCUGGAGCGAAAGAAGGAGAACCAGCGGCUCUUAGAUGAGGAGGCUGCAAAGAUUAAGGGCAAGGCCAAGGAGGCUGCUGCUGCUGCUGUGGUGGCAGGCAAAGUGACUCGGGCCCAGAUUGAGGAGAUGCUGCAUGUCGAGCAGCAGCUACAACAGCAGGAGCAACCCAAAGAGAAAGAGAAGAGCCACCUGGAGACGCCCCUGGAGGAGAACGUGAAUCGCAUCAUUCCUGAGGAAGGUGUUGUGGAGGCUAGAACCAUAGAGGAUGCCAUUGCCAUGCUCAGCACGGCUGAAGAGCUCGACCGCCACCCAGAGCGCAGGGUGAAGGCAGCGUUCGCCGCGUUCGAGGAUCUGAACAUGCCCCUUCUUAAAAAAGAGAACCCCAACAUGCGGCUGUCGCAGCUCAAGCAACAGCUGAAAAAGGAGUGGAUGAAGUCGCCAGAGAACCCCCUGAACCAGCGCUUUGCCAACUACAACACAAAGUGAACCAACUCCAGCAGCAGCUAAAAAAAAACUGUUUACCUAUGCACAUUGGACCUUACAAUGGAAGAUGCCCCCAACCUAUAAUUAUUCCCCCAUUUAUGAAUGUGUUGCUGGAAAAGCUGCAUUCAUUCCCUAGGAAGGACCUCCGAUGCAAGGAAUCACCUUGGGACUUCCGCUUGUUUCGUUCCGAUUUGGAAAAGCAAACUCCCAACCAAUGUUCCUGAUGAUUUUAUUUUACUGUACAUGUCCACUUGUGAAGCAUCUCGGCAGUUUAUGGAUUUUAUUCCCACUGUCAGUUUUUGGCACUUAUGUUGAAAAGGGAUUAAAGUAAUUUAUUUCAGUUCACAAUACACUAACAUAUCUAAUUCUUUCUGAGAAUGAGACUACAGGUAUGUGAUCUGCACUCUUGCCUAUCGUAAUCGCCUCCAUUAACCCCCCGAUGAUGAUAAUAAUAACCCACGUAAGAAAAUAUCAUGACCAGAGCCAGUUGUUGACUUGUUAUGAACUGCCAUUUUGGGCACCAUUGGAAAUGACCACCCCUUUCCCUAUGAUAGUGUAUUGUGGCACCUGUUCCCCAUCCUAACAAGGCCUUAUUAGGUGCACCCACUCAAUACAUCAAUACUGUUGUUGCUAAUCCUGGUAUCAUGCAAUAUUAGGUCUGAAUCCUGCAUCUGCUUUCAGGUUACAUUGAAUUGUAUGGAGAUUGUUAUUGCUUUUUUGUAAGUGAAAUUUGAAAAGACUACAAAAAAAUAUUUCAAAUCUCAAAUUCAUGUAAAUCUAAACACCCCCACCCCAAAAAAACUGUAAUGCGGGUUUACGUACCAUUUUCUCACCUUCAUGUUUGAGCGUUUAUGUAGAAAGGCCGUCUCAUUUAUUGAAAGCAUACAGCUCACCACAUCUCUUGUCAGUCGUGUUUUAGGAGCUGCAGCUCAGAAGUGUCUCCUAACGCCCACCACUUCUGUUUCAACAGCACAAUCAUUUAGGGUUUUUAAAAUUCACUGCAUUUUGAUCUACAUUCAUUUCGCCACUUAAAUAGACUUUCAGGCGUGUGCAUAUGCCUUACAUUAGUGCUCGUUUUCAGCCAGGUUUCUGUCUGAAGAGGAUACUGAAAGUGUUUAGCUGUGUUCUGGUUCUCUGUCCUUCUCCCAAAGUGCAGACAGGCAUUUACUGCACUGCUGGAGCUAGAAACAAGUCAUCUGUACGCGACUAAACUCUGAUUUGAAGUGCACACAUGUUCACUCCCUUUCAUAGAUUUAAAAUGAAUAGACGAGUGUAAGGAAUACUUGCACAAAUCCAGUGCUUUUAAACACAAUGGAGUCAACAAGUGCACACUUACAGUAAAAAGGAAGGGAAUUGGAAUUCAUCCAUGUGACUCAUCUUUUGUUCCCAGUGGUUCCUGAAUUUGACUCUCAUGCUAUGCCACUGGAUGACACUCAGCAGACUACACUCACAUCCUCAUCCAUUUCGUUAAUUGCUGAUCUAUAAGAUAUCUUAUCAAUUUUAUAUUUAUAAAGGUGGAAUCGGCUGUUGGCAUUUAUACAAGAAUACAGUAUUGUUGUAGCCAUGCCUUUUACUCUGCUACAAUACUGUUAUAGAUGCCAAUACCAGACAGGUGUAAGAAGUUACUGUGGAAUAUAUAUAUAUAUAUAUAUAUAAAUAUAUAGUCAAAACCCUCUUAUCCAAGUAAAUCUGCAUAGGUAGUGUUUCUUUUUAGUUCAAAUGAAAGUUGUAACUGAGAGGACGACCAAUAAAUCUCAUUACCAUA